GGUGUCUUUAGGACCCAGCAUGCGCGUGCACUGAGAAACCGAGCGUCUGUAUAAGAAAGAGAAAAGCCGUCGCUCGGGAGCACGAGGACAAUCGCGUGUUGUCUCCGCUAGCGCGAGCUCACCGUGUCCGCGUGCACCGGGAGUUUCCUAAGCAGCCUACAGGCGGUCAUGUCGGUACACAGCGCCGGUACCGGAGCACAAAAGUACUAGUGCGGUGGGAGGAAGAUACCAGGUGUUGAUGUUCAGGUGAUGGGGGACACAUGUUCACAUAAACUCGGCUCAACAAAGCUCCUGAAGCUGCUGAUUAUCAUCCUGCCCUGUGUGUGUGGCCUCACCUGCCUCAUCACACUGCUGCUUGCCUUCACAGGAAUCAUUGGGAAUGGACUUCUUGAAUCCAGUGACUCCGCCCCUUUCUCCGCCACAGAUGUUUCCAUGGCGACACUCUUCUCCAAUGUUGCUGUAACGAUGGAUGACAAUCUCGAUGAUGUCAACACCACAACGCCGAUCAGCUCGGAAACUUUCCAUCCACAAUCAUCUUCCACUGAGCCUUUGAUCUCUGACUCUUCAUCCUUCUCCUCUUCAUCGUUUCCAUUGGAUGCUACACCGACCCCGACUGCUGAUUGGUUAAUGAGUUUUUCCACUCUAAAUGACUGGUCUAGUGUGGAACCCACGAGGACAAACAGUGACCCUGGUGCCUGCUAUGACAUCACAGAGGCUCAGUGUCACAUGUUGCCAUAUAACCAGAGUGGCAUGUUGCCGGGGGCGAUGGUGGUGAAGCAUGGAGAGAUGGAGAUGUUUCUGCGCUUCUUCACGUACCUGAACAGACUAAACUGUUACUCACACAUCAUGCUGUUUGGCUGCAGCAUCGCACUGCCUCAGUGUGUCACUGAUGGGGGCAACAUGCGAGUGAUUUUACCAUGUCAGUCGUUCUGCGAGGCGGCGAAGGAGGGAUGUGAAUCUGUUCUUCAGAUGUUUAACGCCUCCUGGCCCGACUUCCUGCGCUGCUCACAGUUCCUCAAUGUCUCCAUGGCAACAGCUGGAGUCACGCCCACUUGCUACACACCGCGCCAUGCCAAGGGUCGAGCCUCUGUAUGUGGAGGCACUGACAGCUUCCUCUGUGCAACAGGAGUUUGUGUCCCACAGAAACUGGUGUGUAAUGGGUUUAACGAUUGUGAUGACUGGAGUGAUGAAGCUGACUGUGUGUGUUCAGAGAAAGAGUUCAGGUGUGGAACUGGACGCUGUGUCAACACUUCUCUGCUGUGUGACAGCUAUGAUGACUGUGGGGACCUCAGUGAUGAGCACAACUGCAAGUGUGACAGUGUAAAGGAGCAUGAGUGUGGAGACGGACGCUGUGUCCCUCUGGAGUGGCUUUGUGAUGGAGAUCACGACUGUGUGGACAAGAGCGACGAACUCAACUGCUCAUGUAAAGCACAGGGAUUGUUGGAGUGUAAAAGCGGACAGUGUAUCCCCAGUGCCUUUCACUGUGAUGGAGAGGAAGACUGCAAGGAUGGCAGUGAUGAAGAAAACUGUACCAAACAGCAGUCUCAUGGCUCGUGUCCUCCUGAUCAGCCGAGCUGUAUCUCUACUGCCUGUUCUCCUGGGUGUGGUGCUGGUGGGGGUGCUGGUGGGGGUCCCUGUGAGCCUCGCAACACCAGCAUUAACUGCAGUGGCUGUGAGCCAAUCUCACUGGAGCUGUGUAUGAACCUGCCAUACAACACAACAAGGUUUCCGAACUAUCUGGGCCACCAGUCUCAGAAGGAGAGUUCAGUGAGCUGGGAGUCGUCUCUCUUUCCUGCACUUGUUCAAACAAACUGCUACAAAUACCUCAUGUUCUUCGCCUGCACUGUUCUAGUGCCCAAAUGUGACCUGGUUACACACCACAGAGUCCCACCAUGCAGGUCUCUCUGCAGGAGUUCUAAGGAGAGGUGUGAGUUGGUGCUGAGCAUUGUGGGAUUGCAGUGGCCUGAGGAAAUGGACUGUGUUCAGUUUCCUGAGGAAGGACAAGAAAACACACCCUGUCUUCUUCCUGACCCAGAUGUAAAAGAGUGUUCACCCAGUCACUUCAAGUGUCACUCAGGACGCUGUGUGCUCUCCUCUAAACGCUGUGACGGACACAAAGACUGUGACGACGAGAGCGAUGAGGAACACUGUGGUUGUAGAGAGCGUGGACUAUUCGAAUGUCCCUCAGAUAAAUCCUGCAUUAAGAACUCGAUGAUCUGUGAUGGCUUUCCUGACUGCAGCCUCCAGGAGGACGAGGAGAACUGCUCGGUGUGUAAUGAUAACGAGCUGGAGUGCAAUAAUCACGAGUGUGUUCACCGAACUCUGUGGUGUGAUGGGAGGAAGCACUGCACAGACAGCUCGGACGAGUGGAACUGUGUCUCUCUCUCCGACUCUGUGUUGUUGGUCAGUAAGACAGCAGUGGAGUAUCAGGUUUGUGCUGAUGAAUGGAACCUGGAGCUCAGCAGCAUCGCUUGCAAGCAACUGGGUUUAGGUGCUCCUUUGUCAACAGAAUCAGUGGAGGAUGUGCAGAUCUUUGGAAGGAGACGCUGGCUUCAUGUUCGUACUGACUGGAGCCUCCAUAACAACACCACACUGCAGGGACUACUGGAGAAAAGAGGGCAUUCCUGUCAUUCACGAAAGAAGAUUGCUCUUCAGUGUACCAGAGGCGAGUGUGGGCGCAGGCCUGCAGCACGGAUGGUAAAAAGGAUCCUGGGAGGUCGUACAAGUCGCCCAGGUCGCUGGCCGUGGCAGUGUUCACUACAGAGUGAGGAGAGCGGCCAUAUCUGUGGCUGUGUCCUGAUCGGGAGGAGGUGGGCUCUCACUGUGGCCCACUGCUUUGAGGGGCGAGAGAGUGCAGAUGUGUGGAAGGUGGUGAUGGGGAUCAAUAACCUGGACCACCCGUCCACACACACUCAGACUCGGAGUGUGAAGAGUGUGACAGUUCACUCACGCUACAAUCGCGCCGUGGUCGAUUAUGACAUCAGCAUCAUCGAGCUGGACGAGGACGUACACAUCAGCAGCCAUGUGCGGCCUGUGUGUUUACCUGAACCUGGGCACACACUCACUCCUGACACCUACUGCUAUAUCACUGGCUGGGGACACAUGGGCAACCGCAUGCCCUUUAAGCUGCAGGAGGGUGUGGUCAGGGUGAUCUCUCUGUCUCAGUGUCAGUCAUAUUUUGAUAUGAAGACCAUCACAUCUCGGAUGCUCUGUGCAGGUUAUGAAGCUGGAACUAUUGACUCCUGCAUGGGUGAUAGCGGUGGUCCAUUGGUGUGUGAGGACCCUGAUGGUCACUGGACUCUGUUUGGUCUGACCUCAUGGGGCUCAGUGUGUUUCUCCAAAGUGCUUGGACCCGGAGUUUACGCCAACAUCACACACUUCACUGAGUGGAUCAGGAGACAGAUCUACUUACACACCUUUCACCUAGUCUAGGACACACACUCUGUUUUACUCUCUUUGUCACACACGCACAGACACACACACACACACACAUGUACCCCAUAAUGGAAAUGAAAAGGGAAACAUUGAAUGUAUGUUAUCUAAUCAUUCCAGAUGGAAAUGUGUGUCUGUGUGUGAGAGAAAGAGAGACUUAUAUUGUGACUCCUGGGUCUUAGAAGUGUUCUUUUAAUCUUAUGCAUUACAAAUAUGCCACUUUGUGUGUAGGUGUGUACGUGUGUCUGUGUAUAUGUGUGUGUCUGUGUGUGUGUAAGUGUGUGUAUGUGUGUAUGUGAGAGAGUGGUAAUUAUUGACUGUUAAAUGUUGCUGCUAUCUUUGUUACCUGUUGCCAAACUGCCACAGUAGAAAUGUAAUUAUUAAAAAGUCUGUGUGUGUGUUUGUGUUUGUGUGUGUGUUUGUGUGUGUGUGUGUGUGUUUGUGUGUGUGUGUUUGUGUGUGUGUGUGUGUGUGUGUGUUGCACAAUAUUAUCUCACUCUCUUUGUCAGUCUGCUUUAAACCAGAACCUGCUUUAAAUAUUUUUUUCUCUGAUUGUUUGUGUAUGUGUGUGUGUGUGUGUGUGUGUGUGUGUGUGUGUGUGUGUGUAUGUGUGUGCGUGUGUGUAUGUGUAUAUGUGUGUGUGUAUGUGUGUGUA